UCCGACGUUCUUUCUCUCCUACUUAUACACUUGACGUCCUCUGUUGCCGCUUUCUUUUCUGUGUUUCAUUCUACAUUCCCCCAUACUUCGACUCCUCUCUUCAAUACUCCUCACCACUCCUGAUCCCACUUCUCACAAAAGCUUCUUGGGACAGCUUCCCUCCGAAUACAUUUCCCCAAAACCCCGCCUCGUUACGUCCCGCUCAUUCAAAAUGCACGACAUCGUGAUCCUCGGCGGCAACUUCGCUGGCGCAAAUACAGCACACUACCUCCUACGCCAUGUCCUCCCACUCCUAAAUUCUAAUGGGGAUAAACCAGCCUACAAAGUAACCCUCGUCUCGCCCUCCGACCAUACAUUCUUCAAAAUCGGUGCUCCACGAGCGAUGGUAUCCACAAACAAAGCCGAACGCCAGGCGCCUUUCGCCUCCCUCACCGAAGCCUUCUCCUCCUACCCCACUUCAACCUUCACCUUCGUUCUCGGUUCUGCGAUCGCACUCGACGAGAAAACAAAGACCAUUACUGUGAAGACUGAGAAGGAAGAGAGCGUGCAUUACGACUCCCUCAUCAUCGCAACAGGCACAACUUCCCAUUCUCCCCUAUGGACACUCCAUAAUUCUUCCGAAGAAACAACGACAGCGUUCGAAGACUUGAACAAGAGCCUCGAAACCGCGAAGACAAUCCUCAUCGCAGGCGGCGGGCCAGCAGGCGUCGAAACCACAGGUGAAAUCGCAUAUAAGUACAAGGGCCAAGGAAAAUCAAUCACGAUUCUAUCAGGUCAAGAUGCACUUCUCUCAUACCUCAAGCACCCCACCGUUUCCCGGCUCGCGGAAUCACAACUCGCUCGGCUGGGCGUGAGGACCUUGCAUAAGUUGCGCGUUCUCUCUUCUUCUGUUCUUGGAAGCGGGAGGACGGAAGUGCUGUUGAGCGAUGGGAGCAAGCAAGUCGUGGACUUGUACAUUGACAUCACAGGCGGCACACCCAACUCCUCGUUCCUCCCCAGCUCGUGGCUCGAUUCCCGCCAAAAGGUCAUCACCGAGCCCACUACUCUCCGCGCGACCCCUGCUGGUGCGAAUGUCUACUCCCUCGGCGACGUCGCCUCUUUCUCAAAAGGCAAUGUCCUUGAUUCCGUGUGGUGUGUUCCUGCUCUCGGAUACUCGGUGUACGAGGAUUUGAGCAAAGGGGGCAAGGGACUGAAGGAGAAGAGGUUCAAGCAGGUGGUGAAAGCCAUGGGGGUCGUGCCUAUUGGGCCGAAGGGUGGGGUGGGCGUUCUUUUUGGGUGGAGGGUGCCGAGUUGGUUUGUGUGGUUGGUUAAGGCGAGGGAUUUCAUGCUAGGAAAGGCGCCUGGCUUGGCGAGUGGGGCGGAUGUUAUGAAGGCAUGAAGGGGUGUCGGGAUGGCAAUUCUUUUGGAGGGUUGGAUUUGAGUUGAUGUUUAGAUAUACCUGUUCCUUUUGUAGACAUAUAAUAGAAAGACCAUGCUCUGA